AUGGCUGUCUUAUUCCUCCUCCUUCUGUGCCUAUGUGGGCUCUCCCAGGCUGCUUCAGGCAACAUCCAGGCCAUCUACGUGGCCUUCGGGGAGGCAGUGGAGCUGCCAUGUCCUUCACCACCCACCCUACAUGGAGAUGAAUUCCUGUCCUGGUUCCGCAGUCCUGCAACAGGCUCCUCCACGGCUUUAGUGGUCCAGGUCCAAGUGGCCAGGCCAGUCCCAGACCCUGGGAAGCCCAGAAGGGAAUCCAGGGUCAAACUGCUGGGAAACUACUCUUUGCAGCUGGAAGGGUCCAAGGAGGGAGAUGCCGGGCGGUACUGGUGCACCGUGCUGGGUCAGCACCACAAGUACCAGAACUGGAGGGUGUAUGAUGUCUCCGUGCUCAGAGGAUCCCAGUUCUCUGCUCAGGCUGCAGAUGGAUCCCCCUGCUCUGUCCUCCUGUGCUCUGUGGUCCCCGCCAGACGCCUGGACUCUGUGACCUGGCUGGAGGGGAAGGGUCCUGUGAAGGGGCAUGUGCAGUCCUUCUGGCGAGAUGGGGCUGCCCUGCUCUUGGUGUGCCCUGGGGAUGGGCUUCCUGAGCCCAGGGCACGUAGACCAAGAAUCAUCCGCUGCCUCAUGCCUCAGAACAAAGGGGUCAGCUUUAGCCUGGCAGCCUCCGCGGAUGCCUCCCCUGCCCUCUGUGCCCCUUCCGCACACUGGGACGUGCCCUGGAUCCUGAUGCUGUUGCUCGCAGUGGGCCAGGGGUCCGCCAUCGUGGUCCUCGGCGUCAUGCUCUGGAGGCAGAGGGUCCAGGGGGCUAAGCACAGAAGAAACCGCAUGCGGUGCUAUGACUGCGGUGGGGGCCCCAGCGGCUCCUGCAAAGAGACCGUGACCACUUGCCGAGAGGGCGAGUGCUGUGGCUUCCAGGAACGCAAACCCCAGCUAGACCUGGGACAGACCAAGCUAUCUGGAAACCCCUCAGUGACCUUAAUUCAUCAGCACCCAGCCUGCGUGGCAGCCCAUCGUUGCAAUCGAGUGGAAACAGAGGUGGUGGGAGACCUGACUUAUACGACCCACAGCGACUGCUGCGUCGGCGACCUGUGCAACAGUGCUGUGGCGAGCACUGUGGCCCCUGCAUGCACCGUGGCUGCAGCGGUUACCGCCCUGGCCUGGCUCUUGCCAGGACUGUGGAGAGGGUAGUGGGGGUAGGGGAAGAGAAGGGAGCGAGGGAACGAAAGAGAUCUGAGGUGAGAAGACAAACACUCCUCUGUGAGCCAUUAAAAUCUAUUGACCACUCUAGAGCUGACUGGAAAAUUCCAUC